CUUAUGGAUGGAAUGAGAAACUUGAAUGAGCUUCUGGAGCUGGAUGCAGAAGCUCUGAUAUGAAGUUUAGCUUCAGCAGGAAUCUUCUGUAGUAGGAACAAUUAUCUCUAAGGCCUUUGCCAUCCUCGGCGAGUGCUACCAGCACAAGGGAUCCGUCGAGGCUGCACGGUGCACCUUCGACCCUGCCAUUUGGAUUGACGCCUGCUUGGAAUUGGCUCGGCAGGACCUACAGAGGCUAUCCGGAUCCAGAGGCAGAGACAUGAGCAGCUGAGACAAGAAGGCUCCAUAGCUCAAGCUCUCUCUUCGAUCUCAUUAUUGAGGACAUGAGAUCCGGUCCAUCCAUAGUUCGAAUACCAGUCCCUUGCUGAACCCAGCCUCUUCUUACAGGAAUUUCCAUUGAUAACUUGUGAUGCUGCAUUUACUCCCUCAACUGCCAAAGUUGUUCUUGGAAUACAAUUAUUCCUAACCAACACCAUAGCACCGUUCCCGGCUCGACAAACUCAUUGGUAAUAGUUAGUCAAAGCGAAAUUUUUGGAUAAGGAGCUUCAAAAUUCUACAGUGAGGAGAGCAAGAUCUUCUUGAUUGUGAUACAAUGGACAAAAGUUGGAUAAGUAAGCCGAGAAAUGAUAAUGCGUACAUUGAUGGUGUUAGAAAUUUUAUUAAAUUUGCUAUGGAAAAAUCAUCGAUAAAUGGCAAGAUCUUAUGCCCAUGUCGAAAGUGUUACAACAAUUCUUCUUUUGUACCAGAAGUUGUCGAAGAACAUUUAGUGUGGAACGGUUUUUUAUUAGGUUACAAUGUUUGGGUAUUUCAUGGAGAGUCAUUUGUGACAUCUUCAAGUGAAAUCGAAUGCACUUCAUUUGCUCUAGGGUCUACUAGUGCACAAGAAAGUAGUUCAAGACAAGAUGGUCUAGGAGGAUUGCUACAAGAUGUCUUUGGAAUUAUGGGUACUAAUUUGAAUAAUGAACAAGUAAUGAAUGAGACUAUUCCUAAUAAUUUAGAAGAAUAUAAUGACGAGGCGUAUGCUACCGGAUUUCUCGGCGAGCAAAAUUUUAAUGAGAGGUCAAUGCAAUCAUCACCUAGUGAAACAAUCCGAUAUAAAAACUUGGUGAAAGAUUGUGAUCAAGAAUUAUAUCCAGGUUGUAAAACUUUUUCCAAGAUAUCAUUCAUUCUCCGCUUAUUCCACCUCAAAUGCUUAAACGGGUGGUCUGGAAAAUCCUUUACAAUGUUGCUUCAAUUAUUAAAGGAUUCAUUUCCUGAAGGAACCUCUUUGCCGUCAUCUUAUUAUGAAGCUAAAAAGCUAAUAAAAGAUUUGGGUCUUGGAUAUGAGAAGAUUCAUAUUUGCCCUAAUGAUUGUAUGUUAUAUUGGGGUGAGACGAUGGAUCAAGAGUAUUGCAAUGUGUGUGGAUCUUCACGGUGGACAAUGAACAAAGAUGAUGAUGAUGGUUCUGAUGAUUUGCGAAGAAAAAAAAAGCCGGCCAAAAUAUUACGCUAUUUUCCUUUGAUACCAAGAUUAAAAAGAAUUUAUAUGUCAUCUAAAGUUGCUUCGUUAAUGAGAUGGCAUGAUGAAGGUCGCAUUAAAGAUGGAAUCUUGAGACACCCAGCAGAUGGCCUCGCGUGGAAAUCAUUUGAUGAUCAUUAUCUUGAUUUUUCUUCCGAUCCUCGUAGUGUUAGACUUGGUCUUGCUAGUGAUGGAUUUAAUCCUUUCCGAACAAUGAGUACCACUUAUAGCACUUGGCCGGUGAUAUUGAUUCCUUAUAAUUUACCUCCGUGGUUAUGCAUGAAACAAUCAUCAUUGAUCCUAUCAAUGGUCAUCCCCGGUGAAAAAGGUCCAGGUAAUGAUAUUGAUAUUUAUUUGCAACCUUUAAUAGCGGAGUUAAAACAAUUAUGGGAUGGUGUUGAUACUUUUGAUGCUUCUACUAAGCAAAACUUUAUCAUGAAAGGAGCUCUUAUGUGGACUGUUAAUGAUUUUCCUGCUUAUGCUAAUUUAUCCGGUUGGAGCACAAAGGGUCGUGUUGCUUGCCCUUGUUGUGGGGUUUCAACCGAUUCACGUUGGUUGAAGCAUAGUAAGAAGUUUUGUUAUAUGGGUCAUCGUCGAUGGUUAGAACCAAAUCAUUCUUUUCGAUAUCAACAAAAUCAAUUUGAUGGUACUAUAGAGUUGCGUUCCGCUCCAAUAUCACCAUCUGGAAUUGAUGUCCUAAGGCAACUAGAGGGCACAAGUUAUAAAUACGGCAAAGGCUCAAAAUCUUCUAAGAAAAGGAUGAGAGAGGAAGUUGCUAGUUCUGCAAAUCAAGUAGUGGAUGAAGUUGGCACUACAAAUCAAGUAAGAGUGUUUGAAGAUGCCGAUGAGUUCAUUGGGGAUGACCAUGAUUUUCAUGAAGUUGGGAAUGAUAGUGAUACAUUAGAUGCAUCAACACAAUGUGUAGUGAAAAAUUUGUGGAAGAAAAAGAGCAUCUUUUUUGAACUGCCAUAUUGGAAGUACAAUCUUCUUCGACAUAAUUUAGAUGUCAUGCAUAUACAGAAGAAUGUUUGUGAUAACUUUAUUGGAACCUUUUUGAAUAUGCAUGGUAGGACAAAAGACAAUUUGAAUGCACGGAAGGACCUAGAGGAUAUGGGCAUACGACAUGAUCUACAUCCCAAGUUGCAAUCGAAUAAUAAAACUUACAUACCUCAUGCAAUCUACACUAUGUCUACACAAGACAAAGUAAAUUUUCUGACAGUUUUAAAAAAUAUUAAAGUUCCGGAUGGGUAUGCAUCGAAUAUUUCAAGAUGUGUGAAUCUAAAAGAACGGACACUUUCAAACCUCAAGAGUCAUGAUGGUCAUAUUUUACUGCAGGAUAUUCUUCCAUUAGCUUUGAGAGCAUCUAUGUCAAAACAGAUUAUCACAAUUAUUUCGGAGCUAUCAUUAUUUUUCAAAUCAAUAUGUUCCAAAUCUCUUGAUCCAAAAGCUCUUGAUCAGUUGGACUCAAGUGUUGCAUUAACACUAUGCCACAUUGAGAAAAUAUUUCCCCCUAGUUUUUUCACUAUCAUGGUUCACCUCAUUAUUCAUUUAGCAUCGGAGGCCAAAUUAGGUGGUCCUGUACACUACAGAUGGAUGUAUCCCAUUGAAAGGUACUUGGUACGCCUAAAAUCUUAUGUACGUAACAGAGCUAAACCAGAGGGCUCGAUUGCUGAAGGAUACAUUGCAGAAGAAUGUUUAACAUUUUGUUCAAGAUAUUUGGAAGGUGUGGAAACAAUAUUCAAUCGACCACAAAGAAACUAUGAUGAUGUAGAUAAUGCGGAAGCUUAUAUGUUCUUAUCCGGUGGGCGAGUAUUAGGAAAUUUCGAAAGCAUUGUGCUUGAUGAAAUCUCAUUAGCGCAAGCACAUCGCUAUGUGCUACUUCAUUGUGACAAAAUCACUUCAUAUCGUAGAGAAUUUUUGGUGGCUCAACGGAGAGCUAAUCGUGCGAUUCGAGCUAAUCAAAGUAUUGAACAAAAGUGGCUGGUAGAAAAAUUUCCUGAAUGGUUUUUAAGACAGGUACCAAAACUACAUGAGAACAAUUGUUCAGAAGAAAUCAUUGCAAUGGCAAGAGGUCCAAAUAAUAUUACAAAAAGAUUUAGUGGUUUUAUCAUAAAUGGAUUUCGGUUCCACACAAAGGAUCGUGAAAAGUUUCGUAAGACUCAAAAUAGUGGAGUUAUGGUGGAAGCAGACGGGCAAACUUAUUAUGGCGCACUCACUGAUAUUUUUGAGCUAGAUUAUUUUGGGAAGUUUAAAGUUGUCUUAUUUCGUUGUGAUUGGGUGGAUGUUAGGUCACCAAGGGGUUUAAAGCAAGACACGAAUGGAUCAACUCUUGUUAACUUUUCCAAGUUGAUACACACUGGGCAAUUUUUGAAAGAUGAUCCAUUCAUAUUCUCAUCUCAAGCAAAACAAGUAUUUUAUGUACAAGAUCCCAGAAAUGAAGAUUGGAAUCACGUUAUCAUGACAAAACCAAGAGACUUGUAUGAUGUAGGGGUGGAGAUGCCAGAAGAGGAUGACGAGACUUACACCCAAUGCUUGCUUUCUAAUGUUAUGGGUGUUGAUGAAUUAAAUGAUUGCACAAGUUGGGUCAGAAUAGAUGUUGAAGAGACGCACUAGUACUUAAUUUAUCUUAUACUAGCUUGUAAUA